AUGGGGAGUAUUCAUUACUUCCUAGGUUUAGAGGUCCAAUACACAGACAAAAGAGUUUUGAUGUCACAGAAGAAGUUCACUAUGGAUCUUGUAAAAGAAUUUGACUGUAUAGAUUGUCCUCCUAUGACUUCUCAUCUGGAUUCAUCUACGAAGUUAAAAGCUGAUGAAGGAGCCCUAUUAACAGAUCCUUCCUAUUACAGGAAGUUGAUUGGAAAGCUCAACUUCCUCACUAAUACUAGGCUAGACAUUGCUUAUAGUGUACAACAUCUCAGUCAUUUCAUGCAAAGUCCCAGGGAGCCACAUUUAAAGGCUACAUAUCAUGUCCUAAGGUACUUGAAAGGUGAUCCAAACUUGGGAAUUUUCCUUACUAAUGAUGCAGAUUACAGAGUGAAAGCCUUCUGUGAUUCAGAUUGGGCUAUUUUUCUCCAAUUCAGAAAAUCAGUCAGUGGCUAA